AUGAAAAAUCAAACUCAGAUAACGGAAUUCAUCUUGGUGGGAUUUAAGGGUGAGCCACAAUCACAGAUAGCUCUCUUAAUUCUCUUCUUGAUGAUGUAUGUGAUCACCCUGGUGGGGAACAUUGGCAUGAUUACAGUCACCAGUACUGACUCCAAACUCCACAGCCCUAUCUACUUCUUCCUGAAGAACCUGUCCUUCAUAGAUAUAUUCUAUUCUUCAGUCAUUACUCUUAAAGCCAUGUUGAGCUUUGCAACCGGGAACAAGACAAUUUCCUACAAUGGAUGUGCAACCCAGAUGUUUUUCUUUUCUCUUCUUGGAACUACUGAGGCUUUUUUGCUGGCUGGGAUGGCAUAUGAUCGGUUCAUUGCUAUUUGCAACCCAUUGCUCUACCAUGUCAUGAUGUCCAAGAAGACCUGUGCACAUCUGGUGGCAGUUUCAUACUUCUUUGGCUUCCUUAAUUGUUCCACACAGACCGGACUCACAUUUAGCUUGUCCUAUUGUGAGCCAGGGGAGAUCAACCAAUGCUUUUGUGAUGUCCCAGCAGUCAUGAAGGCCUCUUGCUCAGACACAUUUCUAAAUGAAAUUGUGCUCCCAGUUCUGUGUGGGUCAAUUGUAAUUAUAACUUCCACUAUUGUCCUGAUCUCCUAUGGCUACAUUGUGGCUACAGUCCUGCGUAUAGCUUCUCAAGAGGGAAGAAGCAAAGUCUUCUCAACCUGUACUUCCCAUAUCAUAGCUGUAAGUUUGUUCUUUGGGACAGCUUUCUUUAUGUAUGGCCAGCCUGGGGCCAUCUCUUCUCCUAACCAAGGCAAAGUGGUAUAUGUCUUCUACACCAUUGUCAUCCCAAUGUUGAACUCAUUAAUCUACAGCCUAAGGAACAAGGAGGUCAAAGAUGCCUUGAGGAGACAACUGAAAAGGAUGACUUUCAUCCACUGA